AUGGGGCCUGAGGAAGGAAACAAUGAAACAUUGUGUUUCCUCAGUUUCGAUGUAGACAAUGGUACAUCAUCGGGACGAAGUCCCUUGGACCCCAUGACGAGCCCUGGAUCAGGGCUAAUUCUUCAGGCAAAUUUUGUCCACAGUCAACGUAGGGAGUCUUUCCUUUACCGGUCAGACAGUGACUAUGAUCUUUCUCCAAAGUCCAUGUCCAGGAACUCCUCCAUUGCCAGUGAUAUACACGGAGAUGACUUGAUUGUGACACCAUUUGCUCAGGUGCUGGCCAGCCUGCGUACUGUACGGAAUAACUUUGCUGCAUUAACCAAUUUACAAGAUCGGGCACCCAGCAAACGAUCACCAAUGUGUAACCAACCAUCUAUUAACAAAGCAACUAUAACAGGAACUUACAUCGGUGAUGUCACGGAGAGGUUACCAAGCCUGGUAAAGCCUGCGGACUAUCACCCGUUCCUACUCUUCCAAGUAGGACAGAAUGAUGCUGCAAUGAGGCCACUCAGAAACAUCAAAAGGGACUUUAUGUCCCUUGGAACAAUGUUAAAGAGAUUGGGAGCACAGGUGGUGUUCUCCUCUAUGCUCCCAGUUGGAGAAGCGGGUUCAAGAAAAAGGAGACGAAUUGAACAGGUGAAUGGCUGGCUGCGUAGCUGCCAUGCUCAAGGUCUCAGCUUCUACGAUCUUGGGCAUACCUUUGAGAAACCGGGCCUGUCGACAGCUGCCGGGGCUCAGCUGACCAAGUGUGAGCAAGACUGUCCGGGGCAAUAA